AUGGAUAUUGCGCGUCCCAGCCAUGCUUGUUUACGAUGUCGCCGGCAAAAGAAAAGGUGUAAUCGCGGUAUUCCGAAAUGCUCACAUUGUUUGAGGGCCAAUGCCGCAUGUAGCAGGGAGAUUUUCAUCAGCGGAUCACACGUUGCUGUCAGGACUGUUGCGGAGCUCGAAGCUGAAGUUGCGCGUCUGGAGGCACAGGUCGCCGCGGGUGGACAUGUACACCCAGACCGUGUACACAUGAGUCCCGGGAUGACCCAAGGUGAGAGUCGUCAGGACGCUGCCGAGCCGAUUCCUGUACUCGACAUAGACACGAGCAGGAAGGGACAGACGCCGAAUCUGGGUGUCCUGGCCGACCUCAACAACGCCACAGUGUACGACUACGAGAAUUACAACCUGGCGCGCAUGCUCAACAGCGCGCUCAUACUCGGAAAUGACACCCUUGAUGCACAUUCGAAAAAGCAACUCGGCAGGCCAUUGGCGCUAUUCAGAUCAGCCACGGAUGGGCGGAGUCCACUACAGGACCUCCCUAAAGACUUGCGCGCUUGGUAUCUCCAGCGAUACCUGGAGCAUGUGAACCCGAUAUUCCCCAUUCUCGAUGCAGAAGACAUCAGAUCAAGCUUGGAGAGUCUUGAAAACGGGCAGUCCAUCGGUCCCUGCGAGACAAGUCUCGCAUACUUGGCCUUGGCCAUUGGGGCAGUAUUCCCUAGUACAGAUUCUUUGAUGGAUGCCAGCGCUGCAUGCCAGCUGUGGCAGGCAGCUUCCAACGAGCAAAGCUUUCACGAUGAAACACCAAACACGGUUCGAAUUCUCAUCCUUCUAACGCUAUUCUCACUGCUCGAGGAAGGGUUUGGAAGUUCCUGGCAUCUGGUCGAGCUGGUUGUGCGAUCAUGCAUAAAACUCGGUCUACACAACAAAACAUCCGAACAGACCUCAGGUACUGAACUGUUUUGGAGUGCAUAUCUUCUCGAUCGCUGGAUCAGCUGCACGCUGGGACUACCGGUGCUGAUCCAUAACGAAGAGUUUGAUCAACAGAUACCCGAAGCCCCAUCAGAAAGCGGUCAAGAAUUAUCACCGAUCCCACUCUGGCGUAUGGCUUAUGGCCUCUUAGGAGAUGAGAGUGGGCUUCCAAAUAACUUGCAGGAAGCAACAUGGUUCAGCCGAGCAGGAUCCCCGCCACCGGCGUCGUUGCACCCUCCGAAUCUGCUACAGAACAUGAUUGCCGCAGACCUGAGAAUCGCGCACGCAUCUCGCUGUAUUCUCCGUGAAGGAGAAGCAACUGCACAAAGAUUUGAUGACACUGCUUUACAUCACCUCUCGGUCAUCGAGACUGCGAUCAAGCGUGGAUCCACAUUGCCCUGGACGACUGGGUACACGACCUUCCUGUCCGUCAUGAUACGGCUCGUAUCUUUCGGCAAAAUCUCCAGAUGCGGUCUAUUGUUCACUCAAAACACCCCUGAUUCGGUGUACAUUUCGAGGGCGGUUGAUGUUCUCCGUUUCCUUGCCCGCACGUUCAGAUCUCUUGAGUGUCUGGGCGACUUGCUCGGUCACCUUAGUCAGGUCGGCACAGCAAGUAUUUCGGGCUCCAAUGAAGCGUCAAUCGGUGUACCCAGACAUUCUGGAAUAUUUACCAUCACAUCUCGCGCUUUGCAAUCGAUCGGUGUCAGUUGUAGUUAAACGCCAUGACAUGGUGCCUCAGCAAGGAUCUCAAGGCGGUCCAACACUUGGACCUGACUACCCUAUCAUGUUAUGUUAUCAAGAGUGACCUAUACUCCAUGUUUAUUGAUAUAUUCAUGUGUU